AACAUUUUUAAGGAGGCACCAGAGAGUAUAAAUUCCCUUUGCUGGUAUCAACAACUGCAUUAAAGAUGCACUCCUCUUGCAGGCCAAUAAAAAUGACCAUGGCUUGGAGAAUGCCAGUCCCUGAAGAAGUGAUGGAGGAAAAUCAACUCGGCUUCUUUCAGGAGCUUCUACCAUCAGCGGAGCGUACGGCUUUGCUCUACCAUCUCUCCUAUCUCUGUUUGGCUAAGUUCCCCAAGUUGGAGAGGGUUCUCCGAGAGUGUGCUCUUGAAACGCAGAAUCUCUUUGCCUCAUCUGAGGCUCUUCUGCAGAAGUGUGUGGACACAAGUAACCAAAUGGUUUCCUCAAUGUUCCCUCAACUGAAACUCGCUGUUGAAAAUAAUGAAGACAUUCAGGCUACAAUGUCUUUGGAAAAAGCAAGAGAAUGGAUAGCAGAAAUUGUUAACAAAGUGGAACAGAUGGUGGACAGAUAUGAGAAAAACAACCGCAGUGUGGCUUCCUGCACCAGUGAUGUGAUUCUUGAAAAGGAUGAGACAGAAAAAAAAAAUGCACAAACUACUAAGGAGAUAGAGGCUCUAGAGAAGGUGGUGAGAGAUCUUCAGAUGGAACUGAGGAAAACCUUGGAGGAAAUCGGACAAAUUGAGUCAAAGAUAAACCGAUCUCAUGGCAGAAUUGCUUCUAGGAGACGGUUUGGUUUCAGUUUCCUGGCUGCCGUUGUUCCAUUUGUUGGAAACAUUAUUAAAUCCAUAUUUCAAACUAGACCUUCACCAAACCAUGCUCUCGCCAAUGAAAAAGCUCAACUCGCUGCUCAGAAGUCAAACCUGAAAAGCAAGGAGCACAAUAUCCAUGUCAAGCUGACUGAUGUUCAGCUGAAGUUGGCAAACAAGAAGGCGGAAAAGGGUUCAAUACCCGAAACUGUCUAUCUGAAUGAUGCCCAAAAGUACCUUUGUCAAAUCCAACAAACUCUGCUUCAUCAUAAUAUGUUCUGGAAAUCUGUGCUAGUAUUUCUGGAAUCUCUCAGAAGCGAGACCUUCGCUGAUGAACACUUCAUUGAGGAGAAUGAACUGAAGGAGAUUGUUCUAAAGCAUAUUGAUUCAGCGCAAGAGAAUUGGAAGGGCUUUGGUGAAUCCUGUCUGAUGGCAAAGAGGGCCUUUAGCUUGCAGAAUAAGGAUGCGUUUAAGUUCCUGGAGUUUAACCCAUCUUCAUUGUCACCAGAGGAAUGGAAAAGGCGGUAUGACGUUGUCAAAGCAGAUCUUACCAAAAUAGGUUCUGCCAUCUGUGCAAAUUAGCCAAUGAUGGCUGCCAUUACUUUACAGUAUAUAGAAAUACAUCCAAUUAUACUGUUUUAAUACAAAGCUGCGUUUAAACUGUCGCUGGCAAGCGCUGUGGUCCUCGUAAAGUUUAUGAAUGACAUUCAUAGAUGUCAUUCCAUGUUGAGGACAUCUUUUCUUUUUUUCUUUCUUUUUUGGAAUCCAUUUUCUUUCCACUAAACUUUUUGGAGGGAAAAGAUUAUACAUAACCAGCACAUGUAUAUUAUAAUUUUUAAUAUACAUUUAUUUGUAAUUAGCAUCUUUAUAUAAUUGAUGUGGUACUAUAUGAUACAUUUAUGUAAAAAUAGGGUAACACUUUAUUUGGAUAGUCCACUUUAGACAUUCUACUAUUAACUAUA